CUGAGUUUUCAUGUUUUCGUGUAUCUCUCGCUUAUUUGAUUGGAGUUUUGCUAUUAAAUUAAUAAUUGUUUAAACUAAAUAAUGGUACGUACAGUUAAGGAAACGGGUUUUGUUGUCGAAAAGAUUGUCGACAAACGGAUAACACCGGAAGGAAAAGUUGAAUAUUUUAUUAAAUGGCGUGGAUACCCUAGUGCGGAGAAUACUUGGGAACCAGAGGAAAAUUGUGAUUGUCCAGCUUUGAUACAAAAGUUUGAAGAAUCCAGAGCAAAGUCAAAGAAACGUGGCGAAAAGAAGCCGAAGGUUGAGGAGAUUCAAAAACCGCGCGGAUAUGAUCGUGGUUUCGCAAUGGAACAAAUUGUUGGUGCCACUGAUGAGACCGGUGACGUAUCGUAUCUAAUUAAGUGGCAAUUUUGCGAUGAGCUUGAUUUGGUUGCUGGAGAGGAAGUAAGGCAGAAGAACCCCGAAUUCGUAAUUGAUUUCUUUGAAAGACGGUCACCUUUCCAACGUGUUAUAAAUGAACGUCUGUUAGGUGUUCCAGACGAACUACGAGUUAUGAAUAUGAAUGAACUGAAAGCACCUGCAGGCAAUCCGGAACCAGCAACUUCCACUUCCGAAACUGCCGCAACGGAUGGAACUAGUAAUUUAUUGGCGGGCGAUGUAACCCAACAUAACGCUAACGAAAGUACCGGUAGUGUUGAUAGCGCCGCUGUAUCCUAUUCUAUUCCAGUACCUGGAGUUGGUAACAUAGCCAUCGAUGUACCAAUUCUAGAUAGUUCAGCACUAUAAAUAAAUACUAACAACAAUAUAUUUAGUCCUUGUGCUUUUGCAUAAAUCUAUUUAAACAUUUAAAUAAAAAAUUAAAAAUAAU